AGACCCUCCAUUAAAAAUGUAAAUCUAGACAAUGAACUCAUUUUCCAGGAAAAUAAUGUGGAGUGAGAUAGGAAAAUCAGAAAAACUCAUCUAAUUCUAGAGAGAGAAAGAAAUAUUGGAGAGAGAAAAUAACUACAGUGUACAUAUAUAUAGAGAGAGAGGGAGAGAGGUUGGUCCAUAGACAAGGCAAUUUAAGCAGAGAAAGCAAGAAGAUGAUUACGUUCAUGGAUUAUCUUAAGCUGAGCAUUUGAUGAUUUCUCUUCGGAUCAUAGAGAGCGUGGAAAAAUAAUAAAUAAUAAUAGUAGUAGUAAUUAAUAUUAAAAAUAUUACGUAUUUCUAUAUAUAUAUAUAUAUAUACAAGGGGGUGUGGGGUGUAUGAUUGUGUGUAUUUGUAUAUCAGAUCCUCUUGUAAGGGGUAGUAAAAGGGAUAUCGUCUGGUUUUUGCUCUUGUUGUUUUUUUUUGUAGAAAAGGGAAAAGCCUAGAUAGGGAGAGGAUUACAGGGAUAUAAAUCGUGUUCAAUUUGGGAGGCGGAAGGAGAAAUUUGGAGCAAUUUAUGGUGAUUGAAAUAAUUUGGAUUUGAUGUUGUUUGAUUGCGGGGGAUUGUGUCGGUGGUGGCGGGGAUGGCAGUCGGGCGAAGGGAACGGGGCGUGGAAGAGCUAUACAAUGCGACGGAGGUGAUUGGGGAACCAAAGAUCACUUCAGUCUUGAGAGGGAGUUUUCGCAUGCAAGGGCCAGUAGAAGAAACUGAAGAAGAUAUUGAGAAGAAUAUGUUACCAUCGCAGUCAGAGAAAAGAUUAGGCAAGCGUUCCAUGAGACGGAAGGUUCGUACGAGGGUAGAGUCUGGGACUUGUAACGUGUGUUCCACUCCUUGUUCAUCUUGUAUGCAUCUUAAACUUGCUUGUAUGGGAUCAAAGGGCAACGGAUUUUCUGAUGAAACCUUUCAUGAAACUGCAACAAGUCAGAAUUCUAUCAAUGAGGAUGAUCUUUUUCCUUUUAAAAAUAGAGCAUAUGACAGCUUACAGCAUACCACUAGUGAAGCAAGUAACCUGCUUAGUGUCAAUUCGAGUCAUGAUUCUUUAUCUGAAAAUGUGGAAAGUAAAGCAAGCAUAAAUUGUACUGAUAUGGUUGAUGCCUCGGUUGAGUCUGAGAUGCUUCCGAAAUUGUCCUUUGGUGGAACUGUUGUAGUGGAUCAACUUUUUCCAAAACCGCAGAGCAUUUUGGAUCAGAUAACUCCAUCAAAUAAGAAUGAGUAUCCCAAAGUGUUAGAAGGGCACGAUGAUAACAUAUCAUGUGUUAGUAGAGCCAAUGAUGCAAGUAUAACAGUAAUUCAUCAUAACAGGAACGUAGACAGGAAGAAUUUAUCAUGUAGUUCAGCUUUAGUUGGUAGUUUAGGAUCAGAGGGAACUGAAAAAGCACCAAUUUCGCCCGAGUCAGAGUUGUUAGAGACACCUUCAAAUGAUGCAUAUGCUGGCAAUAGCUCACUGAAUGUCCAGAGCAGGUGUCUGUCCACCUCAAAUGGAACAGAGUUGGAAGAAGAUAGAAAGUUAGGUACUUCUAUGGUUUCAAGUCAACUUGCAGAAGGAACUGGAAAGGCACUAAUUUUGCCGAAGUCAGAGUUGUUAGGGACACCUUCAAAUGAUGCAUAUGCUGGCAGUAGCUCACAGAAGGUCCAGAGCAGGUGUCUCUCAUCCACUGCCGAUGGAAGAGAUUUUGAAGAAGAUACUAAGUUUGAUUCUUCUAAGGUUUCAAGCCAACUUUUGGAAGGAACUGGAAAGGCACUAAUUUUUCCUAAGGCAGAGUUAUUAGAGAUACCUUCAAAUGAUGUAUAUGCUGGCAGUAGCUCACUGAAGGUCCAGAGCAGGUGCCUAUCCUCCACCACUAAUGGAACUCAGUUGGAAGAAGAUACAAAGUUUGAUACUUCCAAGGUUUCAAGUAAAGUUUGUACAAAGGUAGAAGAAGGUACUAAAAAAGAUAGAGGAGACCGAAUGAAUGAAGGUUUUAAAUGUGCCAACCAAGUUGAAGAAAAUGAGAAGUCAAAUGAGUCAGUUGAAUUAACUGAUAUGCGGGAGCCUGGUUUGCAAUCUGUAUCCAGGGAUGAAAGUGAUGAGUCAGAAAUUGAGGAACAUGAUGUAAAAGUAUGUGAUAUUUGUGGGGAUGCUGGUCGGGAGGAUUUGCUUGCUAUAUGUAGUAAAUGCAGUGAUGGUGCAGAACACACCUAUUGCAUGCGAGAAAUGCUUCAGAAAGUUCCUGAAGGAGAUUGGUUGUGUGAAGAAUGCAAAUUAGCUGAGGAAACUGAAAACCAGAAGCAAGGUUCAGAUUCUGAAGGUAAAAGAAUGAACAAAGCAAGUGCACACAGUUCUGGCAAGAGACAUGUAGAAACAAUGGAGGUGGCGUCAGCAUCAAAAAGGCAGGCUAUUGAAACAACUUUUGGAUCACCAAAGUCAUCCAGCCCCAGCAGACCAGCUGCAUUGUUGCGGGAUAGUUCUUUCAAGGGCUUAGAUAAAGGGAAAGUAAAUCCAGCUCAGCAAACAUCUUUUGUCAAUCACUCCAGUAUUGAUACUCCGGAAACUGCACGUUCUUCUAUUGUUCCACGAAUUCAGACGCCCAAGGGUACUCUAUUGAAGUCCAAUUCAUUCAAUACUUUUUCCAAAUCAAAGGUAAAACUUGUUGAUGAGGUUCCUCAAAAGCAGAAGGGCAGUAGAGAAAAUCGUUCUCUUGAUAUUAAGGAGGGAACUGCCAGGAUGAUAAGCAAAUCCAUGUCAUUUAGAUCAGUGAGCUCAGUCCGUUCCAAUGCUACUGAUUCAAAAGUUAAAAUGCUUUCAUCAAAAUUUUCUCAGGCUCAGGAUAUAAAAGCAUUAAAACAAGUGAAAGAACAAAGUGCAUUUGAAAGUAAAAGUUCAUCUAAAUUGGGCCGUCCUAUGGGAGUUUCAGUGACAAAUAGUUCUAAUAUCUCUGUGCCUAAGGUCAGUCAAAAGCUCACACCUCAUGGUGAUAGUGUCAUGGUAUCAACUACAAGCAACAAUAAAGAGUCAAAUGCUUCACAAUCUGAUGGAAAAUUGGGUAGCUUAUCAAGAUCAACCAGCAGUAUAGCUCGUAAAGGUGCAGAAAUUCCUGUUACUUCUGUUCGAUCUUUACCUGCGAAUGGAAUCAGCAGUGCUUUUGUUGAGCAAAAGUUAAACCAAGUUAGCCCGAAGGAUGAACCCUCUUCUAGUUCAUCUGGGACUGCUGAGCGACCAUACCAUAAUAUGGAUGAAAAUUUGCAAGAUGGUUUAUCUCGGUCACGGGAAUCAUCAAAUCAGAGUGAGAAAACGAGGGAAAGUUCUGUUUCUCGCUCAAGGCCUGCUAUUACUGCUGGCCCAAAAAAUAUUACCUGUCAAAAAUGCAAGGAAAUUGGGCAUGCUACAGAUUGUUGCACAGUUGUUAGUCCUCGGGCUUCUGUUGUUGAUACAUCUGCUGCAAGGACUGUUAGGGAGGACAUGAGCAAAGGUAGUAAAUUAAAAGCAGCCAUUGAGGCUGCUAUGCUUAAGAAGCCAGGGAUAUUCAAAAAGAAAAAAGAAAGUGAUCAAUCUGAUGGCUUGUCCUCAUUAAAUGUGGAUGUAACUUUUGAGAUAGCCCCUCAUGAUCAGUUUUCGGUUUCAAAUAAAAUCAGGAAUAUGAUUUCUGAUGAAGGAACUGAGGAAGGGCAAGCAAAUAUUGGUAUUUGUUCCUCAGAGAAUUACAAAGAGGCAAAUAUUAAUAAUGAGAAGCAGCUUAAUGUGCAUUCCACUGAUGCUGUAUCUCCUUUCAAAGCAAUGGUCUUAGAUUCCACAAUCCCUUCACUAGGAAAACCUAUUCAUGCUUUGGGAGCAACCCCGCUCUUUUCGAAGAUGUUAAUCAUCCCGCAGCAUGAAUAUAUCUGGCAGGGGGCCUUCGAAGUGUGCAGAGGUGGAAAACUUCUGAACUUAUAUGGUGGAAUUCAAGCACAUUUGUCAACUUGUGCAUCACCUAAAGUUCUUGAAGUAGCGAACCAGUUUCCCCAGAAAAUUACAAUGGAUGAAGUGCCUCGCUUAAGUAUGUGGCCAAGACAGUUUCAUGACAAUGGUUCCAAAGAGGAUAAUAUUGCUCUAUAUUUCUUUGCUAAAGAUCUUGAAAGUUAUGAAAAAAGCUACAAGAAUCUGUUGGAUAACAUGAUUAAAAGAGAUUUGGCACUCAAGGGAUAUUUUGAUGGUGUUGAAUUCUUGAUAUUCCCGUCUACUCAGCUUCUAGAGAACUCCCAGCGUUGGAACACAUUGUUUUUUCUAUGGGGUGUAUUCAGGGGAAAUAGAUCCAGUUGUUCAGAUUCCUUUAAUAAGUUGGUUAUUCCCGGUUCUAAUGUGGUGCCUUGGGACAUGAAUUCUCCUGACAAGCCAUUGACUUCAUUAAAUGGGGAUCUUGAUAAUAAAGCGUCACAAACAAAUUCAGAGGAGCAAGAUGGUAGACUUGACUCGAAUUCCCUGUCAACAAAUGCAGCAAGCAGUGCAUUUUUCUGCUCAGAAACUAGAUGCACCAGUCCUUCAAAGGAACCAGCAACUCUUCCAGAGUGCAGGGUGGAUACAGAACAUAAGCCGUCUACUCAGGCAACUGGAAUCAGUACUGGUUCUAAAAGCAGAGAGGAGACACAAUCACAUGUUGAUGCUUCAUGUGUCAGAGAAAACUCAUCAUCUUUCAAGGUUUUCCAGGUUGGUGAUAAAGGUGAAGAUGUCAGGGAGAGUGUUGUUGAGGAGAAAAUGGUGGAUAGAAUGGACACUCAUAGAGAUGAAGUUAAAGUUGAGAGGAACCUGAAUGAAAAUUCCCUGAUGAUGGAUGCAGAAGCUUCCUCAGGUAGAGACUUAAAUAAAGGCCUUGACUGGCAGUCAAAUAGCAGAAAACGGUCUUACUUGGAUCUUUCGGAGACCGCCCCUCGGACUUCUAGUAGCACUGGUCAAAAAAUGCCAUGGGAUACUGUAGACGGAGAGAGUAUCAAAAAGCUGAAGACUGGCUUCUGUGAACUAUAUGGGUGUAGCAGUGCAAGAGAGGGAAAUUCAUUGAGUGAUGGUUUUGCUUCACAGAUAUGUGAUUUGGGUUCCAGUUCCUCAAUUGAGGAAAGAAGCUGUGACAAAGCUGCUGAUGAAAAAGUUAUCCUGGAAGAUAUUGGAACUACUGAAAGGUACUUCUUUCCUGUGGAUUCACGUCGUGUAAAAGAUUUUCGAUUGGGGGACAACUCCAUGCCCUGGAAAGAAUACUCAUCAAAUGAUGAGGACCAAUUCCAUGAUGAGGUCCCAAAUCUUGAGCUGGCUUUAGGGGCUGAGGCAAAAACCCCAAAUAAAGGAAUCCUGCCUUUCUUUGUUGGAAUGGUAGAGAAAAAUAAUAGCCAGAAGAAGACUCCAGAUAAUGUGACAGAUAAGGAAGAGGAGGAUGGUGUCUCUGCUUCCCUUUCCCUUUCUCUUUCAUUCCCAUUCCCAGACGAGGAACAAACUGUCAAACCUGUCUCAAAAACGGAGCAGCUCUUGCCUGAAAGGCACAAUGUGAAUACUUCACUGCUCCUUUUUGGGGGCUUCUCAGAUAAAUAGGCCCAUGGUGACUCAUUGUUUGUAUAUUGCUGUGCACCACCUGGAUGUGGUAGAUGUACCUGAUCAUGUAUGAUGAUCUUCCAUGGGCUUUAUAGGGGAGCUCAAUUUGCAUCUGUUCAUAACCCACAGAGGAUUUACUAAUAAUUUUCCUUUUUUACUUGUUAGCUUUUCUGUUUUUGGAGUGCAUAGUCACCUUUGUAUGUAUAUAAAGAGAAUUUAAGCCGCUUAAAAAUGCCAUGAGAUAUUUGCAGGCCAA